GAAGUUACGAAGCUACAUCUAGGUAAAUGUAACAGUGUACCGUAGCAGGACCAACCUUGAACAAUGUCUAGUACCCCACAACCUUAGGCUUGGGCAAUUCUCAAUUCUCAUAAUCUUUCCUUUCUCGAUAUCAUCUCUAUUUCCACUCGAUCCGAUUCCUUCCCGUCUCACAGCCAUUACAACCAUUCUUUCUCCCCACCAUAUCCGCCUGAAUCUGAAGAGCAAUUGAUCGAGCUCUUCUAUUAUCUAUAUUGUGCCGACAACCCGAUUUAUAAUUGGCUAAUACUUUGGAUACUUCGUACGGAUGAAAUAGGCCUCUUAAGGCCCUAAAUUGUAGUGUAUCGUCGAGUUUACCGAGUAGCUGCCCGCGUCCGCGUCCGCGCUGCAUACUUGGCUCAACUAAAUGCCAACUACUUUUUGAUUGAUGCCUUUCUUGGAACAUCCAAUUUAACGGUUACCUAGCUAUUUGCUUUUCUCACCUUCUCACCUGGUUCCUCAACCUUGAAUAAUAAUCAGAUGCCGGGAUACGACCGACCACUCGGUUCUUCAUAGCAUCAAUCGCAGACAAACGACCAUCUUUCCAUAUCUAAAAUGUCGGUAGACUCGUUAAAAUCGUUAAUCAACAAUAUCCCCGACUGGGUAAAACGUCUGGAGGAGCUUAAUGGACAAAUCGACCAACGCCAGCAGGAUCUGGCUCUGUUGCCCGAGAACCGGCCGCGAUCUUCCGCGAAGUCAGUGAGGAAUCGGGGGUCCACCGAAUCUUUGAAGCCGCGAGAUGAAUGUCCUCCCAUCAAUCCAGCUGAUAUUACACGCUCCACGACACCGCCCCCUCUGACGCGACCCAAUGCUCAAAAACGAGACGGUACCGGUGCCGAGGUACCUUCGAGUCCCGUAAGCGAACCUCGUUCUAAGGUAUCGAUACAGCGCCAGGAAGUAAUGGCAACUGCACAACGUCGAGCGCGCGCAACGGUCCGCAAGAAGCAGAAGACAGAUUCUAUGAUCAGUAAUGAGAAUACCGUCCAAAAAUACAGAUCACGGAAUAUGAUUAUUGUCUAUUAUGACAGCUAUGUGCAGUCGUUCUUUGAAGAGUUGGUUAAGUUCGUAUCGAUGCAAAGGAACGCUAUGCGCAAGGCUAAGAUGGCCGCCAAGGUUGCUCGUAUCAGGCGUAUGGCUGAGUUGGAGAUGCCCGACGAAGAGGAUGACGAUGAUGAAGGCAACGGCGGAGGUAACAACGAUCUGAAUCCUAGAGAUAGCCUACUCGCCGCCGACAUCAAGGCUGCGCCCCUUAGAGCUCAAGAUGAGUCGGAAGAACCUAGAUUGCGUUUCGUGAGCACUCGACAGAUGGGAUUACGAAACAUGGCGCCUGGUAGAAUGAACCUGCGAAUGUCUAGACUUAACGGCGGACUAGGCUCGUUCCAAGACAAGGGUGAUAUCUGGGAAGACCUCGAUAGGGGCCUCGAGUUUGUCCAAGGCAUGUGUGAACAUGGGGCACAUCAAUUCCUUCGAGAUGGAGACUGCACCGAUGAAGUCGAGAAGAUCAAAGCGCGACUAGCACAGACGAAGGAGAUGGCCGACAAAGAGAUGGCACGCGUUCUCGCCGAAGGUCCCGACGACUCGUCCGAACCCACCAAGUCGCGCAGUUUUCGCCCAAUGACGAUGCGAAGGGGUGCGUCAACUUCUAAGAGCCCUUCCAAGCAGGACUCUAAGGGCCCCUCUAGGCAGAACGUUGUAGAGAUGGAGGAUGAAGGAGUUCAAGAUAUGGACGGUAUCAAGCCGAUCUCCAAGUCAACGGAGCAGCUGAACGGAUCUACAUCUUAGGUUGAUGAAGUCUUAAUCUUUUGCCAUAUAUUUCGCUCAUUUAAGUCCACCUACCUACCGACCGAUAACGACCAGCAUCAUUUUACGCAUAUAUAACUGCCACAUAUCACUCAUACACUCAUAUUUGCUCGCAUACUACAUCGCGAUGGAGUUAGUUGGCUUACACAAAGAAUGACAAAUUUAACGGGUGUCAUCGCGAAAGGACUAUUUCAAUCCGGAUUCGGAGAUGGCAUCUUUAAACCCAUACUUAUUUUGAUCCUUACUCGAUUUUGGAGUCUAGGCAGAUAAAAAAAGCACGCAUCAGCACAUUUCACGAUUUUGACACGUGCUUGGCGUUAAGGGGAAAGCCAUUGGCAUUGACAUUACCGGUCCGUGGGGACCUGGAUACAGUGUUGGAAUCAACAACUAUGGUGCCUGCACCAUUUACGAGUUUAUGGGAAUUACGGCUUAGCAGUCGCUGUGUGUACAUAAUAACUACCUAUAUAUCAAUGCGCUCUUCAAGUUCGUCUGAUGUGGGCGGUUCAAGUUCUGUUGGACUUAGUUGUUUGCAAUUAAGCCAAUGCCGUUUUAGAGAAACAGAGGCGACCUUGUAAUCAAAUUGCCAACACUGACACGGAAUGAUUGGAUAUCCUUCUAGGCGGAUACAAUAAGCGUAAUGGCACAUCUAUCUAGGUACCUACUAUUACCUACCUUCUACUUCAAACAAAUUCAUCGAUAUAUUAGUUAUAAUAGUAUUAAUGCAUAG